UUCAAAUUCAAAUUUCCUUAAACCCCCUUUUGUUUCUCUCUGAUUGAAACAGUCUCUACAAUCUUCACAAUUUCCAUUCUUUGGUCACAAAAAUGGGUGCAUGUUUAAGCAAGAAGAAAGCAUCUUCUACUUCCUCAAACCCCCUUUCUUCCACCAAAUCACUUUCCACACCCCUUUCUGAUAACAAUGUCAAAUUAACCCUUUUCAAACCAGAAACAACCUUGAACAACAAAAACAACAACAUUGUUGUUCAAGAGAAACAACAAAACCUAGAAGAAAAAGUUGCAAAAGAACAUGAAGAAGAACCAAAAAAAGAGAUUUUUAUCAUCAAACACAGAAAAAGCCAUGAUGAAAGAGAGAAAAACAACAUCAAAAUCACACCUUUCAAUGUUCAACACAAUCUCACAUCACAAAACAUUGAUGGGUUUGUUUCAUCUAGUGAAACAGAAUCAUUGAACAACAACAACAAUAACAACAAUAAUAACAGUAACAAAGUUGGUGUUGUUGGUGUGAGAACUUCAAGCUGUACAAAAGAAGAAGUUGAUGCAAUACUAAUCCAAUGUGGAAGACUUUCUAGAAGCUCUUCUGGAAAAGCUGCUUCUUCAUCUACCAGAAAAUAUUCUGGUUCAAAAAGAAGUUUUGAUUUUGAUCACUGUGAUAACAAUGAUGCAAUUUCAGCUGAAGAUGAACAAAAAAGAGUUAAUGCUAGUGAUAACAGUGAGGAAUAUGAUGGCGGUGUUGCUCGCCAUAACAACCGUCCACGCCACCGCAAUUCUCCGAAUGCAAAAUCUUCUAAUGGAAGGAGAAGAACACCAAGUAGAGAAAGAGAUCAAAGGUCAAGUAGUAGAGAAAGAAGAGUGAGUAGAUCUCCUGGAAGAAGAUCUUCUGAUACUAAUGCAAAUGGAAGCAACAACAACAAUGGUUCUGGUUCGGUUUCGGGUUGUUCUAGGCCAGGGAAAAUGGUGACUGUUCCUGCAACUGUUACAUCAUUGGUUAUGGAUAAAAGUAACAAUGGUGAAUCUGUUAAGAGGGUUAAUGUGAAGAGAAAUGUUGCAUCGCCGCGUUCUAUGUCACCUGCUAGAGGAAUUGGGAAUGGUGUGAAUCAGCAGCAGCAGCAGCAACCUUCUCUUAGUAGGAAUAAUUCUGCAAGGAAAACUGAAGUUUCACCUUAUAGAAGAAACCCUCUUAGUGAUGUUGAUCCUAAUUCACUUUCUUAUCCACAAUCAAAUGCUAAUAAUGGUGGAAGCAAAGUUCAGAAUAAAGGCAAAAAGGAGAUUGAAGCUGAGACUGUUCAGAAACCAAAUGUUGAUAUGAAGGACAGCAAGAGAAACAGGACAAGCAACAAAGUUGCAAUGGAAAAGGUUGUGAAUUGCCACCCAAAGGAACAACAACAGCAACAAGAGGAAGAGAUUAAGAUAAUGUCUGAUAAUGCUAUUGUGAAGAAUGUAGUAAUGCCAUCAGGGAUUACAAGAAGCAGAUCAGCUAGAAGAUCAAGAGACUUCGACAUCAUAAGUUCGGCCGAUGCUCCUCCAACCAAUCCUCCACAAACAUCCUACACAUCAUUACUCCUUGAAGACAUUCAAAACUUUCAUCAAAAGAACAUAAACACAACACAAGUUUCUCUUCCAGCUUGUCUUAACAAAGCUUGUUCUAUCCUUGAAGCUGUUGCUGAUCUUAACUCUACAACAAGCUCAACUUUCUCAAAUGACAAGAAAAUUAGGAAUGAGUAUAACAAUGUUGUUCAAGAAUCAUCAUUUGUAGAAUCUGAAAUUGAUGUGAUGGAACCAAGUUUGCAUAAGUAUGUUACUGUUAAGAGAGGUGGUUCAAUUUGUGGAGUAAUUGAUAUGGAAGAUCAAGAAUCUUCAGGUAGUAAUAGCUUUACUGUGAGUAGUGGUCAACAACAAUGGAAUAUUUGUUCUUCUGGUGAUUCAUCUGAAUGUUGGAGUUCAAGAUUGAAUUCAAAAGAAGAUAGUUUGAAAAGAAGAGAGUGUGAUCAUCAACAUAGUGGCGGCAUUGGACGCGGAAGGCUUGCUACUACUGCAUCAACAUAGUGCAUCUUUGGAUUGUAGUUAGGAUUGUCAGAAUCACGGUAAGUUGAUUUUGGCAAUUGCUACAUUUUGGAGCUUCAACAAAAUCACAGUGCUAGCGUGAUUUUUUCAAACUCAUCGUCAUUCCAGACAUACUAAUAGAUGUGAUGCAGAUAUUUGGAUUUUCAUUUUCAUUUUGUAAUAAUUUGAAUGAUUGUUAUUAAGUUUGAUAUUUCUUGUGUUAGGUGGUGGAGUUGCAUGCUUGCAACUAACUGUUUAUGUUUUUUUCAUUAAGGCAAAAUUUAAGAUUUUCUUGUCUUUGCCAUUUUCACUAUUGUGUUUCAUGAAUACUUGUUUCUUCUUGCAAUUAUAUUUGUUGCAGUAUGUUAUGUUCUUACUUUCUUCAAAUGAUCACAAAAAAUAUGUUUAAAUUUGAAUUUUUUGGUU